AUGCCUCGUAGAAAUAAUAAGUUUUCCCUUGGUUCUGUUAUGUUGCUUUUUUUGCUUAUCCUCCAACCAUAUCUUAGUUGUGCCCGAAAGUUGCUCUGUGAUGAUCAUGUUGACGUUGCCCCCAAGAAUAGUUGCAAGUUCGACCGAAUCUAUAGCCUUGGAGAUGCGACGGCUGAUACUGGAAACCUAGCUGCCGAAGUCCCCGAUAGUUUAUUCAACAAAUUUCCAUAUGGUAUCACCCUUGGAAAACCAACUGGUCGACCCUCUAAUGGCCUUCUUAUGAUUGAUUAUUUUGCCUCAGCUUUUGGUGUACCAUAUCUUAAUCCAUACGAGAGAGGGGUUGAGAAAGCGAAUUUCGAUCGUGGAGCCAACUUUGCUGUCGCGGGUGCUACUGCUUUACCAAUUGAGAUCUUACAAGCUAAGGGUCUUCCACCUCACGAUGAAACCUUUGACGGUUGGCUUGCGACCAAAGGCCUUCAUCUUCGCUACGCCACUAAUAGUUCGCUCAAUGUACAAUUGGAGUGGUUGUCAUCUCAUUUGAACCAAACUUGUCAUAGCAGAGAAGAAUGUCAGGAUUUGCUGAAAAACUCUUUGUUUUUCAUAGGAGACAUUGGAGCAAAGGAUUACAGUUAUGGAUUCUGGGGACUUGAAGGUGCGGAAUGGGAUGCUUUUGCACCGGAAGUAAUACAAAAUAUUGCACAAACUAUUAGAACAAUAAUUGGAUUUGGCGCAACAAGAGUUAUUGUUCCUGGCAGUCUCCCACUUGGUUGUCUUCCUGUUUCCCUGAGUUUCUUCCACCACGAGGAAGACAGUCCAUUAUUUUAUGAUUCUAACCAUUGUAUGGUGGGAUGGAACAAUCAGGCUGCUCGUCACAAUCAAAUUCUAAAAGCAGCUAUUGAAGAAUUGAAGAAGGAAUAUCCAAAUGUGCUGAUUGUUUAUGCCGAUUACUACAAUGCUUACUUGUCAGUGCUAUCCAAUGCACAAAAUCUUGGAUUUGAGGACAAGUUUUCAGCUUGUUGUGGGAGCGGAACGGUGUUCAACUUUGAUUUUGGGAGCCUGUGCGGGAUGCCUGGCGUUAAUCCUUGCCCGAAUCCAGACAAUUAUAUCAGUUGGGAUGGAAUGAGUCUGACUCAACAAGCGAAUAAAUACAUGGCUGAUUAUUUAAUCAACUCAAUCGCUCCUCAGUUGAAAUGUGGUUAAAUAUUUGUUUAGCUACUAGUAAUACCUCGCAAUCAGUGGUCUGGUUGAAGGUUAUAUUAUUUUCUUUUAGCUGAUCAAUGAUCAAAUAGUAUCAACUAUUUAUGUUCGAACUCUGUUUGCCUUUCUUUUCUUUUAUUUAGGAAGUUUAAAGAUUCUCACAUGCAUGUUGGUAUUUCCCUUUCCUUCCAAG